AAGGAACACGGCUGUCAAUGCACAGGUGUUAUUUUCCUGUGAUACAUUUCCUAUAUGCAUUUCAUAUGACAAAUUCAUAUUUAUUACUUGACUGACUGAAAUGAAACGUGUUUUAACUACAUUAUUGUCAGCAGUAACCAAACAUGACUUAUUUUUCUUGUUUUUCCCCUUUUCUUAAUCAUUAUUAUUACUUCAUUUUGUUCUGACACAUAGUUCUGAGCUAAGCUGAACAGCAAGUCACCACUUCCUCCUCUCUGUGCCUCCUCCACAAGCACAAAUAAAACAAGCAGAGAAAAACAUGAAGCUCAGUCUCUGUGUUGUGGUCGUCAUGUUUCAUAGAAAUCAAGCAGCUCUGCUCUCCAUUCAGCUCCUAGCUGUGUGUCAUGUCCGUGCAGUGUCAGAUAAUCAUGUACAGGUACAGGUGGUCAGAGGAGACCCCGUCAUCUUCAACUGCAACAUAUCGGCGGGAAACGUAACACAAAUUAACUGGACCAAAGGCAAAUUUCUUUUUGCCCAUAGGAUCUUAGUAAAUUCCACUUUUUCAAAUUUCACCUACCAAAACGUGGCAAUAGACCCUUGCUGUCUUUCAAACCUGACUAUUUUGAAUGCUCAGCAUGAAGACACAGGACUUUACAAAUGUGUAAUGACCUACAAACAUGGUAUAACGACUACUACAUGGAAUUUAACUGUGCUUGAGAAACAUAAAGAAAACCCCCUAUCUAUUCAGCUUUGGAUUUUAAUUUACAUACUUGCACCUGUGAUUGGAUUGCUUCUGUGUGGCAUCACUGCCGCUGUCUGCUACCACAGAAAAGUCAGGAGCCGGUCUCCAGAGGACGACUCAGUCCAGGUCCAGUCGCUUCCUCAGUCAGAAGCAGAGGUGGUGCUGCGCAUUGGAACAGAUGGACGGAUGAAUACAAAGCACAGGAGUCAGUACAUGGAGAGGCUGAACUCAAUCUAUGGACUCUACUGAAAUGACAAGCCAUUCUUGUGAAAAAGGGCACCUGGAGUUUCAAACCCGGUGCUUCAAGUGAGCUGGACAACUGUUUCAGACUUAUUUAACUUUAAUAAAAUCAGUAUCCAUACUUUAUCCAUACUAAGGAACUAUAUUUUUGUAUUGUGUGUUAAAUGUUUAUAGUAUUAUUGUUGUUAUUUUCCUUUAUUUGUGAUAGGUUUAUUAAUGAUAUGGUGUGUUAAAUGUUUAUAGUAUUAUUGUUGUUAUUUUCCUUUAUUUGUGAUAGAUUUAUUAAUGAUAUGGUGUGUUAAAUGUUGAUAUUAUUAUUGUUGUUAUUUUCCUUUAUUUGUGAUAAGUUUAUUAAUUAAAUGUUGAAUUCUGAACAAUGUUUCAUGUGCUGUCAAUCAAAGGAUUAAGGAUUUAUGUGGACACCAAGAUACCAAGUCUUAAUGUCUGCAUAGUCAUGUUUAUGUUACCAGUGAAUCCAUUCAUUUAUUAAUAUUAUUAAAUGAAGAGGUUUGGUUGUAUCAAUAGACUUUUGUGAUAAAAGCAACACAAAAUGACACAAGAGAAGAACAUUUGAAAGUGACUAAAAUGUUGUGGUUCUGAUCAAGAAGUGCUCGUCCAGCUCUUAAACCUUGUUCAGCAGCAAUGUCUCACUCCGUAGUGUAAGUGUCAUCAGCAUCAUGCGCACAUUGUUUUCUUGCAGUUAAAAAUGUCUGCUAUGUAAAUUUUGUAAUUUGGUUUUUGUCAUUGUUCCUAAUAAAAAAAAAAGAAUUUUCAAGCUUGAA